AUGCUUUCCUGUGCCAGCAGCGAUGUUGAAGCUCGCCUUCGCCGCUCCAAGUCCGCCUCGACCGUCCACAAACGCCCCACCUCCACGGCUGAGCCUAUAGAUAUGGCGACCGUCAGGCAGCAAGCAGUAGCUGCUGCUACAACGGCAUAUGUACGGGCACAUGCUCAAGAUGCCACCAUACAUAUCACCAGACCGAGCUCCGAAAUGGUAAGAUCCAAGAGCAAUGCCAGCCGCAAAUCCUUCACGUCCCAAGGCAACCAUUUCCCCCCUCGGGGUUCUAGCUUUCGGUCGAUGCAAGCACCAAAAUUCGAAAAGAGUAGGGGCAGGGGAUUCCAGCCACAAGUUCAGAUAUCAACUACUGAGCAGACCAAAGGACAACCUUCAAGUUUGUAUCCGACGUCAACUAUCGGUGGAUCAACGUCGGUACCACGCCAGUUGCCAGCGCAACCUUCAAGGACCUCCAGUGAAAAAGCCAGGCCGAGCUCUCAACAAAAGAUAUCUCGGACAAGCACUGCGUCUUCUGUGACCUCACAACAGAUCCGAAAGGCACGCUCCAUGUACUACGCAAGCAUUGUCCAGACAGGAUCACCGAUAGGAAGACCACCAGCGGAAUACUUGAAUACACCAGCAUCGGCCAACGAAACUGCAGUUUCAGAGUCUCCAUCCUUGCAUCCACAUGCUCAAACGCUUCGAAGUUCGCCUUUGGCAGAGCCGCGCAUACCAGUCACUGUCGCGCCUGGCGUGACGCUUGAUGAAGCGCGGGACGAAUAUCUACAUAAAUUUCAGCAAAAGUCAGUCAAACACAGGCCCUCUUUGUUCCUGGCACCAUUCAAGAAGAAGCAAGAGAAAAGCAACGAUAGUGCAAAAAACACAUCAGAUACGUAUUCUCUCUCUCAGUCGAAGGAGCAGACGGCCAACGAACCAACGGAUCACAACGCCCUUAGUGAUUUUCUGCCACCGCAAGAGGCAAAAGAGAAGCGUUCCUUUUCCGGUUCAUUAAAGAAUAGAAUCAGGAAAGUUUUCCGACGGACUUCAGAUAAGCGGAAUGACCUUCCUGUGCAACAGAUCCAAGCCAGCCGUGACUACUUUGAUGUCUCCCACUUCAGCCCUCCAAGCGCAGAGAAUACAACUUCAAUACCAUACCCAGAUGAAGCAACACUACAGCGUGUGCGUGGUCGCACUUCGUCACUCGAUAGCGCUCGUCCUAACCACCUCCGAUCUGGGAAUCGAAGCGACAGUACUGGCAGUGGGCGCAGUACUCGAAGUCUGCAUAGUGAAGUCAAUGCUCCGCAGGUGCCAUCAUCCCGAGUGACGAGCUGGGGAACAAAUUCAACUGGCGAUACGCCAACGCAACGUACCAUCAAACGCAUGACUGUCAUUCAUGAGUCCAGGGACAGCGUUGGAAGUGAAGCAGAACGGGCCAAUUCCUCGAUAGCUUCAAAGAGGAAAUCAUUGCCUCUUCCACCACUCUUGUCCUUUCGCGAGCCCAUGCCCAUGGAAACUCUUCCUGAAGAGAAGCCGACUCAUGUUGACCCCAAAAGAGUCUUUUCUGCUUUGAUGAGAGAGAUUGGAUCGAACAAAUCGUCUCAUGAAUCAUCAAUAACCGCUAGGCAGAUAUCAGUUGCGGAGAGUGAUGUACUUGAGUCGAACAUUGCAAAGCACCAAUUUCAGACACAAAAUCUGCAUUCUUCUGGAAGCUGCAGUGCCCGUCCAAGCAUUGAUGUUGAUGGGCGACCGCAGUCCCGACGAUCUACGAUGGCUCACAGUGUUCGGAGCAAAACUAGCACAAUCAGGUCAUUUGGAAGAGCGAUAAGGUUGACUAUCCGGGCCGUGACACCUGUUGGAAACCAUUCUUUACCCGGGACUGAAGACGUAAAUCUUUUAUCAAACGCGGAAGACAUCCACAAAAAUGAUGUUGCUCUUCAAUCGACCACUAUUCGUGAGAGUGAAGAUAGCCAAGAAGGUGACAAUAUCGCGCAAUGGCCGCAUGGUAUCAAUACGUUCAUUCCAUCUGCUUCACAGAUCGAGAGGCGUGUGGAGAAAACCAGAGACCGUUGGAGAACUCAACUCGGAGAGGCUGGGAACUUUCAGUUUCCACGUGAGACGGAUAAGACGUAUGAUGUUACAACGGCUGUUGUUCAAUCUCAAAAAAGUCCAAGUGCCAACACCGAGCACAUUGAGAAAGCAGAGGAUCAUAACUACACCAUCGUCGAACAAAGUCCUCGACAGCCACAAACAACACCGAAAGCCGUCGCAUCACCACAGCCGAAGGUCAUAAUGACGCCAAUGUCUCCUAGCAUUUAUUCUCGAAAUACAGAUGGUAUCAGCAUCACGUCUUUCGAUGGCCCCAGCCAACUAGAGCGCUCACAAAACGCCGGCUCAGCUGUGAUUCUCACGUCUCAGUCUGUGAGGAGUUAUGUGGUAGGCACUCCAUCACCAAAACGUCAGGUAGCGGCCCACACAAGUCGUGAUUGGAGGGAUUGGUUGUCACAUGAAAUUUCGGGCAUGGAGUUGAGCAGUCAGGAAGAUUUCUCCAUCACUGGACAAUAUAACAGAUUAUCGAAGGAAGAAUUUCCGGAUUUUACUCAUACGCAAAACAACGAUAUGGAGAUCGCCACAUCGGAUACAAAAACGAAUGACAACGUGUCUCAUGAAUUGAAGUACCCGGGCAAGUCGCUCCGAGACCGUGUAGGUGAUGAUACUGGUAUGGACACUACAAAUCCUCAACACUACAAUUCCUUCCCCAAAAAUUCGAAUAUCGAUGAUCCUCGGAACAUUUUUGAUAUGGGAAUCGCUGUGAACAGUCACGGGGGCUCAAACCCACUAUCUCAAUCAGCUUCCUUUGUGAUCAAGCCGUACCCAGUGUCAACGUCUGAGGGUCAUGCAUCGUAUUUCACAAAUCUUGGAACGCCUAGGCAGUUUUCGAACGAUAGCCACCUAACGGUUGUCAAUACUGUUCGAUGUUCCAGUAGUGAUAGUUUGGCCUCUCGACGCUCAAAAUCGCCAACUGACAGUAUGACGGCACUCGAUUCACCAAAGUCUCCGCCUAGGCCUGUGUCGCGAUCUAGCUUUCCUUCUCCAUUUUCAGACGAUACCCUUGAACCAAUUUUAAUAACACCACUAAAGAUCAGACGCACGCAAUUGAGGGAAAAGGAGAACUUGACACCGCAGUCUUUCCGCAGCCAAAAAGAGUCCAUCGCUCCGCCUCAACCAAAAAUGCAGCAACCACUAAUUCCAACGACACCGAAUCACAGCCCUUCAAGAAUUGGCGAACAGGACACAAAGCCACACGGAUCCAGCCUUGACAGUUCGCAACUGGUUCCAACUUCAACACCACUACGCCCCCGCAUCCGCAUCAUCGCGCGACCCAUCUCCCCCGAGAAACUCGCUCGGCGACCAAAAAGCGCAUUCGACUUGCGAUCAACAAAUAUCACUGCAAGAACACCCACCGUACACAUCACACCGCCCCCGGCCUCCCUCCCCAAACCCUCUCCCCUCUUCACCGCCGACUCUGCGAGGAGCGACACCGCAGGCCAUCGCAUGGCCGAAGAAUUCCUCCGACAACGCAACAGCACAACCGCACUCGGCGGGAGUGGUGGCAAGCGCAGAGGAGGCAUGGUCCUGGUACGCGAAGAUACCCCGGCGUUUUUAUGA